UCGGUCGUUUAACCCAUCCCCAACCUGGUCGUCUCUACCCCACAGCCUUAUCAGACUGGAUAUACUCCACUCCCAUAGCUGGGCCCUUUGCUGCUUUCAGAAGCAUAUAUUGCUUGACGUGUUUUCCGUUGCAUGGUCAAGCUCUGAAUCUCACUUCACUGUAAACGUUCAUUAUCAAACGCGAACGAUAUCAACUAUGGCUACGUCCACUGCAAAUCCUCCAUCGCGAUCAGCGAAUUCCGAACCUAACACAGAAACCUUUCGGAAAUGUUGGAUAGCUAGCACUGCGGACAGCAACCUGACACUCCAUGGAUUUCGUCGAUUCAAGACCACGCACCUAGUCAACUUGCGUUUGUUUGAGAAUGAAAUCGCCGAGAUGGACCACGCCGUUUACCAGGCCGGCAUUAGCUUGGAUGUUAGCCCUUCGUCUACGGAUAGGCUAGGCCUCAAGCACAGUGCAAAGGACGCGAACAUCCCUAGCAUCGAAGACACUAUUACCCCAGAAUUCGUGGCAAAACUACGCGAACUCCUAAAACAGUAUGACGAAGCGCUGCAGGCAUUCCACAACCUCAUGGCGAUGGAGACGUUCUCACUCAUCGAUGACGAGAAACAAGCUAGCUUACGGGAUGAUCUCAACCUACACGAAGUCUACAAAACCAGGCUGCUCCGUGUGGACCUCGGGACGCGGACGCGGACGGAUCCAUUCCAGCGCUGGCUUCACAGGUACCUGCGGGCCUUCCGAUACUGGAGACUGUCCAAACGGUCGAAGAACAACACCGAGGGUCUGGGGUCACCUACUUCAAACCGGCACCAGUGGUCUUACCAGAACACGAUCCUGAUCGCUGACAUCGUCGGACGUGUAACUACUGCAAUGCUGACCGCCGUCUUCCUUGUCAUGCCUUUGGCCAUAUUAUCGCAUCAACCGUCCAAAGAUGUGCAGUUGAUCGUGGUUUCGGUGUGGAUUCUUGUUCUUUCAUUUCUCGUAUCGCUGUUUCUGAAGGUGUCCAGUUUCGAGAUGAUGGCAAUAUCAGCUGCUUAUGCAGCCGUUCUCUCGGUGUUUGUGUCCAAUGUUCCGGCGGGGGAUUAG